AGGGAAAAAAAGAAAAGAAAAGAAAAGAAAGAAAAAGAGCGCUUUUGACUCCGGCAUGUCACUCAUCACUCUCUCAUCUGCUUGCUGCCAAUUCUUUCAAAACACAAUAAUAAUAUUACGGAAUUCAGACUCCAGUUUUCUGAUUAGAAAUAGUCACCUGUCACAUGACAGACAAUAGCUGUAAAGAUUAUAGACAGACCCGCUGUGUUAACUUAGAGGAAGAGAAAAAUACCAAAUUUCCUUGCCUGAUAUCUUCUCCUUCUUUCCAUCGAACCAUCAAAACAUCUCAACAUCUCACAGUCCUCAACAUCAUAUUGUUUAUUGAUUGAUGGCAAGUUCCAACUUGUUUACAUCCAGAUUAUUGUACGGCAAGAUAACGUCUUGUACUCUGGCAAAGUGGACGGAUCACGAAAACGAACCUCAUGAUCUGUCGCAACUUCCUGAUAUUCAGCGGGUGGAGACCCAGGAUAGGAUAGGGGUCCAAGAGUUGAGACGGCAGAACCUGGACUGUGAUUAUCGCCACCGCUUGACUGCUACCUUCAAAACUCCGAGUCUCUUCGCAAACAUACACUGGCAGGUGACGCAGGUCCCACCCUUGAGAAACAAAAUCUCCACGAGGUUGAGACGUGUGAAGUUCUUCUUCGAAAGCAUUCAUUCUACUAUGCUAUGGCUGCCAAGUGACAGACACAUGGCCGAGUUUCAGGUCUUUGCUUCAAGCGGUAGGUAUAGUUAUACAUCAACAUUGCUUGAAAAGGUCAACCCACAGAAUUCGAACAGAUUUGCCUUUCUCCGUUCACAACGACAUCGCACCUGCUAACAAUAAUAUGUUCACCGAGGAUGGCGAUGGCACGCCGGUCCUCCAUUGAUUUCGACAGCUGCCGGUAGGGUAGGUUGGGGAGUUAUUGCGCGACAUAGAAACAACAAGGACGCGCAUGAAUGGCAUAACCCUGAAGUCAAGACUUCAAAUUUGCUGAUUACUCCGUACGAUGGCCUGAUUAUGCCCCGCCGCCCCGACAAUGCAUAGACUUCAUCCCUUAUCUCAAAAAUGAGUUUCCAACGUCAGUGAAAUGAGCGAGAACCCUUGCCUUGCAAGAAGGUUUUGGCUUUCUGAGUCUAGUGAAUAACUGUAAUGCUAGGGGUUGAUUCUGGUGCACCUAUUCUUUUGGAUAGAUCUGUAGGAUUCACAGAAGGAAUAAUAGGCCAUUAGAACGGAAUUACUUGAUUUGGUUAUCUAAAUGACUAUUGGUGUCUUUUCUUGGGCAACUUGAAUGCGGGGGGGGACCUGUGAACCAGUAAGAGAUGGCUGGGCUUUCUCUCCCAAUACAGAUGUGAAAAUUGAACCUUGUCCAUGUAAUGUACUGUACAUGUACUGUACGUCGACACCCUCAAUCCCUUGUCAAAACCCACUUGAUUCUGAAAAACUCAGCUCUGGCUGCGGUAAUAUCUCAUCAGGCUGCUGUGAUACGUCGAGGUUCACCUCCGGUAGUUCGUCAAUAGCUGAGCACAACCUUUUAAAAUGAGAAGGCGC